ACAAUUACAAUGCUUCCCAGGACUCAGAACUGUCCUUGCUGAUCGGAGACACAGUUCACAUUCUGGAGAUGCAUGAAGACUGGCUCCGAGGCUACACCCUGCGAAAUAAAGCGAAAAAGGGGAUUUUUCCAGUAUCAUACAUCCAUUUGAAGGAGACACCUGUGGAAGACCGAGGGCAUCAUGAGACAGUGAUUCCAAGCGAAGUCCCCCUGGUGCAGGAGCUGACGUCCACACUGCGGGAAUGGGCUGUCAUCUGGCACAAGCUGUACGUGGACAACAAGGUAGUAAUGUUUCGCCAGCUGCAGCAGAUGAUAUACAGUCUGAUCGAGUGGAGGUCCCAGAUCCUGUCUGGCACUCUGCCCAAAGACGAGCUAGCAGAGCUCAAGAAGAAGGUCACAGCCAAAAUCGACCAUGGCAACAGGAUGCUUGGCCUUGACCUGGUGGUGAGAGAUCAGGAUGGAAACAUCUUGGAUCCUGAAAAGACGAGCACCAUCGCCCUCUUCAGGUGCCACGAGACGGCAUCGAAAAGGAUCGAGGAGAGAAUCCAAGAGGAGAAGUCAAUCCUGCAGAACCCAGACCUGAGGGGCCAGGCUAUCUUCAGCACAGUGCACACCUACGGCCUGUAUGUGAACUUCAAGAACUUCGUCUGCAACAUUGGAGAGGAUGCUGAACUCCUCCUGGCUCUCUACGAUCCAGACCAGUCCCGAUUUAUCAGUGAGAACUACCUGAUCCGCUGGGGCAGUAAUGGGAUGCCCAAGGAGAUAGAGAAACUCAACAACCUGCAAGCAGUGUUUACGGACCUCAGCAGCACAGACCUGCUGCGGGGCAAGGUCAGCCUGGUGUGCCAGAUUGUCCGCGUUGGCCACAUGGAGCUGAAGGAGGGGAAGAAGCACACAUGUGGCCUCCGGAGACCCUUUGGGGUGGCAGUGAUGGAUGUUACUGACAUUGUUCAUGGGAAGGUGGAUGAUGAAGAAAAGCAAUAUUUCAUUCCCUUUCACCAAAUUGCUAUGGAAACCUAUAUCCGGCAGAGGCAGCUGAUCAUGUCGCCCCUGAUAACCUCCCACGUGAUUGGGGAGAAUGAGCCUCUCACUUCGGUCCUGAACAAAGUGAUUGCAACAAAGGAAGUGAAUCACAAAGGACAAGGCCUUUGGAUCUCCCUGAAACUGCUCCCAGGCGACUUGGCUCAAGUUCAGAAGGAUUUCUCUCACCUUGUCGACCGAACGACAGCCGUGGCCCGCAAAAUGGGGUUUCCUGAAAUCACCUUCCCAGGAGAUGUCCGAAACGACAUUUAUGUCACCCUGGUCCAUGGCGAAUUUGACAAAGGGAAGAAGAAGACACCCAAGAAUGUGGAAGUCACUAUGUCAGUAGUCAAUGAGGAGGGCGCUGUUUUAGAGAAAGCGAUUCAUCCUGGGGCUGGUUAUGAAGGCAUUUCAGAGUACAAGUCGGUCAUCUAUUACCAAGUCAAGCAACCUUGUUGGCACGAAACUGUGAAGGUGUCCAUCGCAAUAGAAGAGGUCUCUCACUGUCACCUGCGGUUCACGUUCCGUCACCGCUCAUCACAGGAGUCCAGAGACAAGUCUGAAAAAGCCUUUGGAAUUGCCUUCGUGAAACUGAUGAACCAGGAUGGGACAACCCUGCAGGACGGACGGCACAACCUCGUGGUAUACAAGGGUGAGAAUAAGAAAAUGGAAGAGGCCAGGUUCUACCUGACUCUGCCCGACACAAAAGUGGAGAUGGAAGACAAGGACUCACACCCAGCCAAAAACCUGACCUUGGCCAACUUCACCCCCUCGAAGGAUAGCACCAAGGACAGCUUCCAGAUCGCCACUCUCAUCUGUUCCACCAAGUUGACCCAGAAUGUUGACCUCUUGGGUUUGUUAAAUUGGCGUUCCAAUUCCCAGAAUAUCGAGCACAAUUUAAAGAAGUUAAUGGAGGUGGAUGGUGGAGAAAUUGUGAAGUUUCUCCAAGAUACACUUGAUGCACUUUUUAACAUAAUGAUGGAAAUGUCAGAUAAUGAAACAUAUGACUUUCUUGUGUUUGAUGCACUGGUAUUUAUUAUUUCGUUGAUUGGAGACAUCAAGUUCCAGCAUUUCAAUCCCGUACUUGAAACCUACAUCUACAAGCACUUCAGCGCAACCUUGGCUUUUAAGAAACUCACCAAAGUAUUAAACUAUUAUGUGGGCAACGCUGAAGAUUCCAGCAAGACGGAGUUGCUCUUUGCAGCUCUGAAAGCCCUGAAGUACCUCUUCAGAUUUAUUGUUCAGUCCCGAGUUCUCUACCUGAGGUUUUAUGGACAAAGUGAGGAUGGGGACGAAUUUAACAAUGCAAUCCGCCAGCUGUUUCUCUCCUUUAAUGUCCUAAUGGAUAGGCCCCUGGAGGAGGCUGUGAAGAUCAAGGGGGCAGCUUUGAAGUACCUGCCGGGCAUCAUCAAUGAUGUCAAAAUGGUAUUCGACCCUGUUGAGCUCAGUGUGCUCUUUAGCAAAUUCAUUCAGAGCAUUCCAGAAAACCAGUUGGUCCAUCAGAAACUCAACUGCAUGACCAAGAUUGUGGAUAGCAAGCUGUUUGAGCAGUCAGAAUGCAGAGAUGCCCUCCUGCCUCUGUUGAUAGACCAACUCAGCGGUCAGCUGGAUGAUAACUCCAACAAGCCAGACCAUGAGGCAAGCUCUCAGCUUCUUAGCAACAUCCUGGAGGUCCUGUACAGGAACGAUGUGGGCCCUAAGAACAAGCACAUACAGAUGAUAAUGGAGCGGCUGCUGAGAAGGAUCAACCGAACUGUGAUCGGCAUGAGCAGGCAGUCCCCCCACAUUGGUAGUUUUGUAGCCUGCAUGACUGCCAUCCUGAGGCAGAUGGACGAUUUCCACUACAAACACUACAUCAGCACCUUCAAAACCAGGCAGGACCUCAUUGACUUCCUGAUGGAAACUUUUAUCAUGUUUAAGGACUUGAUCGGAAAGAAUGUCUAUUCCAGUGACUGGAUGGUCAUGAAUAUGAUGCAGAGCAGGGUUUUUCUCCAAGCUAUCAACCAGUUUGCAGAAGUUUUGACACGGUUCUUCAUGGACCAGGCAAGCUUUGAACUCCAGCUCUGGAACAAUUAUUUCCAUCUGGCAGUAGCGUUUCUCACACAUGACUCCCUUCAACUUGAAACCUUCUCGGAAGCCAAGCGCAACAAAAUUUUCAAGAAAUACGGGGACAUGAGAAAGGAAAUCGGCUUCAGGAUCCGGGAUAUGUGGUAUAACCUGGGUCCCCACAAAUUCAAGUUCAUCCCAUCCAUGGUGGGUCCAAUCCUCGAGGUGACUCUGACCCCCGAGCCCGAGCUCCGCAAGGCCACAAUCCCCAUCUUCUUUGACAUGAUGCAGUGUGAGUUCAAUUUCAGUGAGAACCACAGUUUCCACAUGUUUGAGAAUGAGCUGAUCACCAAGCUGGACCAGGAGGUGGAAGGGGGCCGAGGAGACGAGCAGUACAAAGUCCUGCUGGAGAAACUCCUCUUGGAGCACUGCCGGAAGCACAAGUAUCUCUCCUGCUCAGGGGAAGUGUUUGCUCUGUUGGUGAGCAGCCUCCUGGAAAACCUCCUGGAUUACAGGACUAUCAUCAUGCAUGAUGAGAGCAAGGAGAAUCGCAUGAGCUGCACAGUCAAUGUAUUGAAUUUUUAUAAAGAAAAGAAGAGAGAAGACAUAUAUAUACGAUAUUUAUACAAACUACGGGAUCUACAUCGAGACUGCGAGAAUUACACGGAAGCCGCAUACACGCUCCUCCUUCACGCAGAGCUACUUCAGUGGUCUGAUAAACCCUGCAUGCCCCACCUCCUUCAGCGGGACAGCUACUUGGUCUACUCUCAGCAAGAGCUCAAAGAGAGGCUUUACCAGGAAAUCAUCUCCUACUUCGACAAGGGCAAAAUGUGGGAGAAAGCCAUCCAACUGAGCAAGGAACUGGCUGAGACCUAUGAGAGCCAGGUCUUCGACUACGAGGCACUUGGCAACCUUCUGAAAAAGCGGGCUUCAUUUUACGAGAACAUCAUUAAGGCCAUGAGGCCCCAACCGGAAUACUUUGCUGUUGGAUACUACGGGCAGGGUUUCCCCUCUUUCCUCCGGAAUAAGAUCUUCAUCUACCGCGGGAAGGAAUAUGAACGGAGGGAGGACUUCGACCUGAAGCUGCUGACCCAGUUUCCCAAUGCCGAGAAGAUGACCAGCACCUCUCCGCCAGGAGAUGACAUCAAGUCCUCCCCAAAGCAGUACAUGCAGUGCUUCACCGUGAAGCCAGUGAUGAACCUGCCCACUAAUUACAAAGACAAGCCAGUUCCUGAACAGAUCUUGAACUACUACCGAGCCAAUGAGGUGAACCAAUUCAGGCACUCACGACCUUUCCGAAAGGGAGAAAAGGAUCCUGAUAAUGAAUUUGCUAACAUGUGGAUCGAGAGAACCACCUACACCACGGCCUAUACCUUUCCUGGGAUUCUGAAGUGGUUUGAAGUCAAAUCAGUUUCAACAGAUCUAGUCAGCCCGCUGGAAAAUGCCAUCGAGACCAUGGAGCUGACCAACGAGAAGAUCAGCAACUGCGUCCAGCAGCACGGCUGGGACCGCACCCUCUCUGUGCACCCUCUGUCCAUGCUGCUGAACGGUAUCGUGGACCCCGCGGUCAUGGGCGGCUAUUCCAACUACGAAAAGGCCUUUUUUACUGACAAAUACAUCCAAGACCAUCCUGAGGACCAAGAAAAAGUUGAGCUGCUGAAGCAUUUAAUUGCUCUACAGAUGCCGCUGCUGGCGGAAGGCAUUCGGAUCCACGGGGAGAAGCUGACUGAGCAACUGAAGCCUCUGCACGACCGAUUGACCUCAUGCUUCCAGGAGCUCAAGGAUAAAGUGGAAAAGCUCUAUGGAGUCGUGACCCUGCCUCCCAGCCUGACGACAGAGAAGAAACAGAGCCGGGUUGGGUCGGGGGUGCUGCCCUACAUCAUGUCCUCCACCCUGCGAAGACUCUCCGUCACCUCCCUGACUCCCUCUGUGGCAUCCACAUCUUCCACCUCUUCUGAGAGCGCCCCCUCCAGGCCGGGAUCGGAUGGGUCCAUUCUGGAGCCUCUCCUGGAGCGCAGGGCGUCGUCGGGGUCUGGUGCCGAAGACACGGCCCUCAGAGAUGACAGUGAUGGCUGCAUCAGCAGGCACAAGCGAAAAGAUUGGAGCAUCAGCAAGUCCCAGGUCAUCGUCAACAGGGAGUCCCAGGUGGAAGCACUGAGCCCAGCUGCGAAAGCCCAGAGGCCGAAGAGUCUCCAGCUGGUGGACAGCCGCCUGACCCUGUUCCAGCCGACACCCCUGAGCCCGCCCCCGCUCACCCCCAAGACUCCUCGGACCCAGAGUUCCCCAUCUUUAUGGACUGAUGGAUUGGUGACUGUCAAUAUUAAGUGUACCCCACCCCCGCCUCCUCCCAAAAGCAAGCCCUACGAAAGCAGUAGCCAGAGGAACUCCUCGGAGAUUCCGCCCCCUCGCCCCAGCCGCCGAGAAGCCAUAGUUGCCCCUCCACCACCUCCAAAAACCCGGAAAUCCAGUGUCCUCUCCCCUGAGGUGGGGCUGCAAGAGAUGCCUGUCCCUCAGGCUUCUCCAGAACCGUAACGGCAGUGGCUCCUCAGUCAUUUGGACUCUUCAGGGGCUGCCGUCAGUGUGCCUGGUUUCUGUAUCCUAACCGCUGGCCUUCAAAUGGGAUCUGUGGAGACAUCCAACGGCCAGUCACAGGCCUUGCCAGAUUCUUUGGGAAGCUUCCCUAAACUCCCAACUUUGUUUGGACACAUGAGGCCACCUCUGACCCCUGUGACAUCACCCCUAAUUCCAGAUCCUGUGGUGAGCCCACAACACCUACGCCUCAAAGAGCUGCACUGCCCUCAUCAGUGCAUCAGCCUGCAUCAGCCACCAUGGCAGAAGCUCUGUCUCUGCAUCUCCCAUCCGAUCAGGCAGCCCACCAUUCAACCAGCCAAUCUCCUGAUUAACAAGUGCAUCCUUCCUGGAUCCUGAAUGUUGAACUGGAAUUCUACCUGCCUCUCUAAUCCUCCAGUGGCGGCCAGUCAGAAACCCGAGUCUGGCCCUUUUCUCUCUCUGCCCAUGCCACUUUGGCAGAAAAUUUUCCUCUCAGGUGCCUCGGUUUUGACCUGGACCCACACAUCUGCUUGGAGCACACCUGCUCCUUGUCCUGCCUCUCCUCUGGGGCUUUGCGGCAGCCACCACCUGAAUGACAGACAAGAUGGGUUUUUCCAAGCCCCGCCUGCCCUGCUCCCUGCAGACCAGCCGAGCAGUGGCGGACUUUGAUGAACAGAGGCAGCCCUGAGCUGGCUGCUGCUAUGAAUUGGGUGGCUUGGGGGCCAGUUGGAAGGCAUAUUUGAGGUUGCAGUAUCACAGUGGCUCUUCCUGCAGUUUUCAAUCCGGGGUUUCCAAAUUGAGAUAAAACAGCACUCAGGAGGCAGCUCAUGGUUCCAGCCAUGGUUAUGCCGGCCAAGCAGAUUUUUGUCACAGUUUUUCUGGCUGCCUUUGGGGGUCCCUGGAGACAUUCCCUGGAGUGUUUCCUUCUGUAGAGAAGCCCUCAUACUCAUGGCGGAAAUACUUGCAAGGUAUCAGUGAAUAGAAAGUGUUGACCCCAUGACCUCCCAACCAACCAUCACACUGACUCUCUGCCGGUCCCGGAGCCUGGACUGGCCUGUUGGCUCAUGGGACCUGUUUUGCUGUAGCCCCUGAGCAUUCUAUGUUGUGCUUCCAUUUCUCCUCGUGCUCUUCCAUGAUUUGUUCCUUGGCCCGGCCCCCAGCCCUGACCCACAACUCAGCCAUUCUGGCCCCAAUCUGGUUUCCAGCCGCAGGUACGAGCGCUGACCUUGGGUUGAGCCCUGGGGUGUGGGGUGGUCCCGCAGUCUGGUCCAGUCCUGGAGGGCCAUUCAGAUGCCAUUGCACUGGUGUUGUGCAGUCUCUUUUUGGCCUUAUGUCAUAAGCAGUAACGAAGUCUUCCUUUCCAGAGGAAUUGUGGCGUGGUUUGGGAUGGUCGAGGUCAGAGACGUUCCCCACGGGGCCGGGCAUAACAGCGUGGGUUUACGGGCAUCCUAGCAUCUAUCUCAGGCAGGCGGCUCUCAUUGGCCAAGGGCAUCCAUCUGUCUGGGACAGGUGACCAUUGAAAAUGGAGUAAAUAUGCUUCUACUUUCUCCUGACCACCUACCUCACUGGCUGGAGUCCUCACGGUUCAAACAAACUAAAGGAAGGAAUGUUCUGCAGGUAGGGAAGGGAAGAGCAUUACAUUGUGUGGUGUGACAGCACGUUUGUUAUGGGUUGGUUUCUCCCCACAGAGUUGCUGCAGUUGCCUAGCCAGCCUCGUUGUGGGGCAGUCUAGGCAAGGGGCUGCUGAAUUGCCCUUGUCAGUGAGUGGGGGAAGGAGUGUGGUGGUGGGGAUGGGUCGGGAUAGGCACUGGGGAGCCCCUCACAGAUACACACUGAGGUGUCAGUUUUCCACUCCAGCCCUGAAAACAAGGGACACCAUCUUUCUGACAGCCUAACCAUCUCACCACUUGGUAAAAUAACACUCCACCUCACCACUCAAGAGCCCAAGCCACUUUACCCAUCAUGCCUUGCUACCAAUCCACUGGGUUUUUCAAGUCACAGAACACUUCUUCCUUUAAGAACUUUAGGGAGCUCCAAUUUGUUUUCUUUCUUUUUUUUUUUUUUGUUUAAAUCUUGAUGCUUGUAAUUCAGUUGGUCAUACCAGGAUAAUUCCCACUUUAGACAAAAGAAUAUUGGGGCUUAAUAUGUGAAGGGGAAAACGUGCUUUUCCUUUCAGUUGACUAUUGUAAAUGACACUGAAUCCAUCAAGUCUGUUUCCUGUCAUGCAAGAGCAGAACCAUUCUUUCAGUCACAUGGGUGAGUUGCUCCCAGAAGCCAGUUGUUAGCACUUUUGCCCCCACCACAAACAGAGUGGUAUCCGAGACAAUCGGAGGCUCUGCUUUCAGAAGGCAAAAAAGAAUUAUUAUUUAUAACUGCUGUUAGUAUUUGAAUUUAAAAUGGUAACGGUUUUUCAAAUUUUGCUUUGGCCACGCUUUUCUGUGAUAUUUUAAUUAGAGAAAGCCAUCCUCCACAUCUCUGCUUGUUUUUUAUUCAUUGUUUGACUUUAAUCUCAAGCCCCACGACCUGGCUUUGCUAGUUGACCCAUCAGCCUAGUCCAAGGCCUCUGCCUGGCUCUGAAGCCAGAUAGUUGCUUACUGAUCUGCCAGGGAGUCUGACUUGAGAGUGAGGAAGUGCCCCCUGGAUGUGACUCAGUUUCCCAGCCCCUUUUGCUUUCCCUCAAGUAGAUUCCCCCCCUCCCUUCCUUGCAGUAAAUCCCGGGAAACUAGGAAGGGGGGAGGCCCAAGCUAGAGGAAUCCUCUUCCAGAAAUCAGUCAAUUAAUGGUACUGAUUGAGUGCUUAUUGUGUGCAGAGUACUGAACAAAGCUCUUUGAAGUUGAAAGACAUAUGCUCCCUGCCCCCAAGGAGUUUCCAGUGUAGGGGAGUCCUCCUCAGGAAAGCCCAGUAGGCCAUGAGGCCCAACAUCGGUACCAGAAGGGGGAAACAUGGCUGUCCGAGCAUCUGCCCAAUACCAGGGGCUGCCAUUCUCUUCAGGAGCAACUCUUUGCCCUUGAGCUGUGCCGGGGCAGAGAGAGUUAGCCAAGAGCACUCCAAACCUCUGUGUUGGGGGAUUUAUCCCACCAGCUCAACCACUGAGGGUCUUGGGAUUUUUGCUUUCCUUGAGAAGACUAUGUCUUUGCCAGCAAUGGCAGCUGUAGGUCCCUAGGUUAGACAGUGUGAGCUUAUUUAAAGCCAGGAGAACUCUGAAGAGAUUUUAGACUUGGAGAAAGAUAAGAAAACAGAGCUAUAUAGAGAAGAAGGGCUGGAAUAUCUCUUGCUUGGUGAUCUCACCACUUUGAAGAAUCAAGAAUCAAAUAUUUUAACUUGAUCACUUAAUUUGAAAAUCACCAGAACCCCAGGAGUCCCGUGGGGUUGAAGAGUAGCAGCCCAAGCCCUGAAGCCUCCCACCUAGGCCUCCCCAAAGCAAAUGGCCCCCUGCCCCUGCAGCUCUGGGUUCCCAAAGAGUGCAGGCAGGUUGGAACCUGGAUGUGGGAGAGAGUGGGAAGGGGGUUUUGGGGUUUUGGGGUUUU